CCCACAUACGUUCCCCGAUUAGUACGCAUCCUGCAUCCGAACUGGAACAACUUUCAUAAGAACUUGCAAAAUAACUUAUUAUCAAAAAUCGUACGAUUCAUUUUGUAUAAAAAGUUUUAUUUAUUCGUACAUUUAGGUUACAAUGCAGAAUUUCCUAAACUAUCAGUGUACGGAAGAAACAUGGGAACAGCGCAUGUUUUCCGUGAAUUCGUACCAACAUUCGGAUUCCCAGCCAGCCGCGAAGCAAAGGUGUCAGGCGAAUGCGCGCGAGAGGGACCGGACACAGAACAGCGUCAACAUAGCAUUCAACACACUGCGGCUGCUCAUCCCUACGGAACCACCAGAUAGGAAGCUCAGCAAGAUCGAGAUCCUUCGCCUCGCUGGCAGCUACAUCACACACCUCGACAAUCAACUUUAUACCGGAGACUUGGAGCAGCCCUGUUUACAGAAGAAUGACGUAAGCGACCAAGAUAAAUCACUGUGCACUUUUUGUUGGUCGGCCGUUAAAAAAGACAAAUCACCACAGCCAGCUUCACAUAUGAAUUACUAUAAAUCUCCACGCUGACGUCCUCUAUUCAAGUCACAUCCUAGUCCAAUAUCUCCUAAGUUUAAUGUGAAUUGCAUUUUUAACUUAUUUGAACUUAUUUACAAGUAAAUAAGCUAACUGAAAUAUAUUUUCCUUA